AUGAAGAAAGGAUUUUUGUUGAAUAAGAAUAUAUAUGAUAUUGAAGAAAAUGUAAUAAAUGUUGAAAAAAAUAACACAAAUAGAAAAUAUUGUAAGGAUGAUUUUGAAAUAUAUAUGCACAUAGGAACUGGGAAUUUCAGUGAUGUGUUUAUGGUAAAAUUAAAAAAUGAUCCUUCAAAAAAAUAUGCCUUAAAAAUAUUCAAAAAAGAAAAAGUGAAUAAAAUGAAUAAAGUAAAUGAUGUGUUAACAGAAAAAAACGUUAUGUCAAAAUUAAAUACCCCAGGGCAUGCAAAUGUUAUUAAAUUAAUAGAAACAUUUAAAGACAAAGAAAAUGUUUAUUUAUUAUAUGAAUAUGCUGAUUAUGAUUUAUGGGAAUUUUUAAAAAUUCGUAGUGUUGGUGUUAAUGAAAAAAUUACUUUUCAUAUAAUACUUCAAAUGGUACAUGCAUUAGUAUAUAUACAUAACAAAAAUAUUAUUCAUAGAGACUUAAAAUGUGAAAAUUUUCUUAUAAAUAAAGAUGGGACCAUAAAAAUGAUUGAUUUUGGUACUUCGAAAGAUUUAGAUAAUAUAAGCAUCAAAACAAAUAAUGAGGAAGAUACAAUAGAUAAUGAAGAAUUAAGUAAAUUUGUAUUAAAAAAAAAUAAUAACAAUAAUUCAAACGAAGAUUUAAAAAAUGCAAAUGAAUUUAAAAAUAAUGAUAGUUUAAAUGGCGAAGAAAUUAAUAAUAAUGAUUUAAAUAAUACUAAUUUUCAAAAAACUGAUAAAAAUAUAAAAGAUCAAAAUUCAAACAAAUGCGUUCUAGAAACACUUAAGAAUAAUGAAAACUAUGAGUUUAACAAUCAAAUUUUGGAAAAAGAAAAUGUUCAAAUUUUGAGUUCUUUCAAAAGUAAUGAUUAUGCAGCAGAUGCAAAUAAACAUAAUAGCUAUAAAAAAAAAAAAACAUUCGAAAACUAUGUUGGUUCUCCUAAUUUCAUUCCCCCUGAAGCAUUAAUAAAUAAAUGCAGUGGUAAGGCACGAGAUUUUUGGAGUCUUGGGUGUACUAUUUACCAACUAGUGACAUGUACCGUUCCAUUUGAUGGUUCAACAGAAUGGUUCAUCUAUAACAAAAUAAAAAGAAGGGAAUUAAAAUAUCCAUCCAUAAUACCUUCUGAAUUAAUAGACUUAAUAGAAAAGUUAACAACUAUGAAUCCAGAAGAAAGAUUAGGGUUUAACGGAGGAUGUGAGGAGAUCUUGAAACAUUUAUAUUUUCAAAAAUAUAAUUAUAAUAAGCUUAAUUUCAUCUUACCAGAAGUUUCUGAGUUAGAAAAACUGUAUACAACUAUUAUAAAUAAGUAUCAUAUAUAUAUCAAUGAAAAGAGGAAAUUAAGACAAAAUAAUAAUUCAACUGAAGAAAAUAUUAAUAAUGUAGAAGUACUGAAAAAAAAUUUGUUAAACUUAAUUAAUUCAGAUACAUCAGUUUGUGCUGAGGGGGAAUACGAAUCCAUAACUUUAAAGAAGAAAAUUUUUAAAAGUAUUAAUUUUAUGCUUGAAGAAUUUGAUAAACAGGAAAUAAAAGAAAUGGAAGAAGCAAAUAAAUGGUUAGAACGAUAUCAAGGUACAUAG